AGUUGGUGACGGCUGAAAGCUGCCUUGGGUCGCAGCAUCCUCGUCGGCUGCGCUCACACCCACAAUCGACAUGAGAGGAAGGACGCGGCUGCUGCCGAGAACACACUGCUCCUCGACCAUCUUAACCCGUACCGAUGUAGGCUAUAGCACUGAUUCAAGCUGUUUGUUUCAAUUAACGGCAGACUACGUGACUGCAAAGGGAGGCAGUGGGACGUCAGACUAUCGCGGCGAGAUAUAGGCAGUGUCUUAAAAUCUAGUGAGCUGCCUACCUAGACAGCUUCAUAGGGCAUCAUUCCGUCUUUGUGCGCGGUGCGGGCUGCCUUCAAAAACUGUCGCUGUCCACACACACAUGUACAGUAUGCGGAGAAGUUAAGGAUGUCGCUCUGAAUCGCCCCUGACAUCGACACUUGGUUUGACGACUUUAAAAUUAAUGCCAAUUUGAUUUGUGCCGAAAGCCCCCACCAAUGAUAGCCUGUAGGAUCAGCUAUAUAAAGAUAAAACGGUCUUCUUAUGGAUUCAUUGAUCGUCGUUUUCUCAAACCACAAGGCGCCUUCCUGAGAACCCAUCUGAAUCCCACAAACAGAUUAGACAGAUAGUGUUGUCAUCAUGAGACUGGCGUUAAAGUAUCUGGACAAGAUGAGAUGUUUCCGGAAACGUUCCACCAUUCCUUUCCUGGUGGCUCUCAUUACCUUCCUGCUCUUCGUAAACCUCUACAUCGAGGAUGGCUACGUGCUGCAGGAAGAUAAACGUCAGUUGCGCGAGACUUCGAUGCAUCCGCUGAACUCAGAGCGAUAUGUUCAUACGUUUAAAGACAUCACCAAUUUUUCUGGAACCAUCAAUGUGACUUAUAGGUAUCUUGCUGGAACGCCGUUACCUCGAAAGAAAUAUCUCACAAUCGGAUUAUCAUCUGUGAAGAGAAAACGAGGAAACUACCUGCUGGAGACCAUCAAGUCUAUUUUUGACCAGUCCAGCUAUGAGGAGCUCAAAGAGAUCGUGGUGGUCGUCCACUUGGCGGACUUUGACCUUGCGUGGUGCGAGGGUCUGGUUCAAGAAAUCUCAAGAAAGUUUGGCCACCAUAUCAUCGCAGGACGGUUGCUGGUCAUCCACGCGCCCGAGGAGUAUUACCCGUCCCUGGAUGGGCUGAAGAGAAACUAUAAUGAUCCCGAGGACAGGGUACGCUUUCGCUCCAAGCAGAAUGUAGAUUAUGCCUUUCUGCUUAACUUCUGCACCAACCUCUCCGAUUUCUACAUGAUGUUGGAAGACGACGUGCGCUGCUCACGAAACUUUCUCACUGCCUUGAAGAAGGUAGUGGCCUCCAGGGAGGGAUCUUAUUGGGUGACGCUGGAAUUCUCUAAACUGGGCUACAUAGGGAAGCUGUACCACUCGCGAGACCUUCCCAGACUCGCCCAUUUCCUGCUCAUGUUCUAUCAGGAGAUGCCUUGCGAUUGGCUGCUCAUCCAUUUCAGAGGCCUGCUGGCCCAGAAGGAUGCGAUUCGCUUCAAGCCCUCUCUGUUUCAACACAUGGGCUACUAUUCCUCCUAUAAGGGGGCUGAGAACAAACUCAAGGAUGAUGACUUUGAAGAAGACUCGUUUGAUAUUCCAGACAACCCACCUGCCAGUCUCUACACGAAUAUAAAUGUAUUUGAGAGCUAUGAUGCUGCCAAAGCUUACAGUAGUGUUGAUGAGUACUUUUGGGGUAAAUCUCCAUCCACUGGUGACUUUUACGUUAUAGUGUUCAACAAGGCAACAAAAUUAAGCAAAAUGAAGAUCAUCACAGGAACAGAUGAUCGUCAGAAUGAUAUUUUGCAUCAUGGAGCUCUGGAGGUGGGGGAGAAAUUAGUAGGAACCAAAAAGGGAAGGCAGUGCUCCUCCUAUAUAACGUUAGGAGAAUUUAAAAACGGAAACAUUGAGGUUCACGAUGUGGACCAUAAAAUAGCUUUUGAUAUUGAGUGUGUUCGUAUUGUGGUAACGGCAGGUCAGAAAGAAUGGCUUAUCAUUAGAAGUAUAAGCCUCUGGACUACACAAGGUGUAAAUUAAUGAGAAUUUUUUAUGAACCGUAGCUAAAGGCACAACUGGACUACACUGUCAACUGUUUGUUUGUUUGUUUAUUUAUUUAUUUAUACAAUUUCUAAAUUAUUUAUUCAUUUCACUUUAUUUAUUUAGUUGUUCAUAAGAAACAUUUUUAGGGAAGAAAAUUACGUAUUGCAGAUUUUUCAGAUAAUUUACAGAUGAUGAAGAAUUUGGGUCUCAUUUACUAAUUACUGUGAAUAUGUGCACAGAACGUUUUCUGAAUGUUUUCUGAAUGUUUUCAAACAAACUUUCUGCCGGAUUCAUGACAGGAGCUUAUUGUCAUUCUAAUGUUUAAAUCUGGAUUCUUUUUAAAUGAGCGGGUUUGCGUGCAGGGUUAGUACAUUGCAUAAAACAUGCCCAAGUCAUCUUGAUCAGGGGAUUUCUUCACAAUCUCCACUCUACACCCAUUCUUAAGUUUUUGUGCUCUUAACAUGCGCUUUUGGAAGAGUGCAUGCACAUCGAGUCACAUCAAGUUGCCGUCAAUUAUUUAAUUUUUUUAUUUUAUAAAAAUGUGUAAGCCUGAAUUUAAAACCAUUUUAAACUACAAACCUAUUGAUAAUGUCUGAAAACCUGUGUAUGCUGGUUUCACGCACAAAUACUGUAUUUGUGUAAUGUGCACGGUUAGUAAAUGAGGCCCAUUUACAGUAUUUUUUAUACCAUAUUUUUCCCAUUUUGCUUCAGAAACUUUACUCCUCAGCUUAAAUUCACAGCAGCUACAAUGAUCUUGACUCAUCUCCGGUCAAGGAACUACAGAACGUUCCAAAAUAUUUGAUCGAAAUAUCCUACAGUCAGGGGCGUAGCUACAUGGUGGCCAUGGGUGGCAACGGCUACCCCUGAAUGAUGGAUGGCCACCUAUCUGGCCACCUCUGUUGUGCGAAGCAGUUUUAAGAAGCGUGUCGGAGUUUACGGAGUGCUGCGCAGAUCAUUUAGCGUAUGCACUGAAAGUAACGCGAGGACAUUACUCUCGCGUUAAUAUGAUGUCAUACGCUGACGCACUGACGCAAACAGUCGGAGCGCUCUUAUCUGAACAGCUGCUAACCUCUUCGCUUCGUGACAGUGUACUGUCUGUGUACCAUGGAAGUUCAUCGCGUCGCGAGCAGAAGGAUCAGGGUAGGGUUGCACCAGCCAUUCGUAAGUUCUUUCUUAAACGUGAACGUAAAGUCCACACUAGAGGAUUAGUAACUACUACUAGCUAGUUUGUAACUAAAUCUGUAAUCUGUAUGUUAUUCGGUUGCACCAUUUGGUUUUAAGGCAGAACGUAGCUAUCAUAAGCUCUCCGUAAAGUAAUGCGUAGUCGCAUAAUAUGACGUUUACUUUCAACAGUCCAAUAGCAGCCUUUAAAUUCGUGAGAAAAAGUUGUGUUGAAAUGUUGUGAAUUUCAAAACAUUCUUGAUUUAAACUUAUUUUACCUCACAUAAUAACGGUAAAAUCGGUAUAUAGAAUACUACCUUUCAUGAAUAACAUAUUUAAAAGUAAAUUUAAUAAACAAAUGCUGUUUAAAACAAUACAGCUUACUUAAUGCAAUAAUAAAUGACAUGCAAUAUGGGUGAUUUCAUUUUACUGCCAACCGCCAAUUAAAUAAAAAGAAGAUUAUUUCAUUUUGACGUGCACAACACAGGCAGAUAUACACACACAGAGGCGCUAGGACGGUUCGUGUUAGAGCAGUCAAAAUUAAAUGUCAUCACAUAAUGUUCUCUAUUUUAAAAGGUAAGUGACUGUAAAUGUCAGCAUUAUCAUGUGUGUAAAUCAUUGAAGAAUGUCGAGUGAAACAAGAGCUUAUUCCGUUAGUUCAGAGAGUAUGCGAUUUUAUUCCUACAGUUAUUCCUGAUAGGAGGCUUCCAUAAAUAUUUAGUUUAUACAUAACAUUACGCUUCAACUAAGUUGAAUGGUGCAACUCAAAAAUAUUUUGUAGUGCGUAAGUUGUAACUUAGUGCCCGUUUAAGUCAAAACUACAGUAGGCUAAGUUGUAACUUACGCACAGCUGGUGCAGCCGGCCCCAGGUCAGUAAAAUCAGUCUUGUUUAACUGGAUUUCAUUCAUUCAUUAUAUUUUCGCGAAAGUUUAAAUUGGGGUACUGCAAUGUUUAUUUUCUCUAAAAAAUGCUAACUUACUGCAAACGAUAGCUAGCAAAUUAUUUUAAAAUAAUGUUGGCACAUGAAAGCAUUGCAAAUAAAUUGUUUACUUUACGUUCUUUGUGUAUGUUUUUGACCAGCAAACUAUGUGUAAUGAAGAAUUGGUGUUAAUUACAGUAGAAGUUAAAGAAUUUCUGUCUGUAAGGAUUUUUUGGUCACCCUAAUAAAAUCACUGGGUCUUACCUGGCCACCGCUAAAAAAAGUUCUGGCUACGCCCCUGCCUACAGUAGCAGAGAAAUUGAAAACACAGCAACUUGGCUCAACAAAAGCUGAAUUGUAAACAUUUAAUUUCAGUAGGGUUAUUUUUCGGGUUCUUUGUUUAUUCUUUUCUUCAGUCUGAAAUAUUUGCUUUUCCCACUGUCCUUUACACAAGCACAGGGUCAAUAUUGCCUUGAAUAUAAAAUGUGUUGUGGCAUGAAUCUAGGCAACAUUUCACACCGUCUCCCCAAUGAAUGAAAACAGAACUGUUAUUCAAUCAAACUUGGGCCAAAAGUCUUAGUGUGGUGUUAUUUUGUUUGUGUUUACUUCAAAGGCAUGGUCCGGAACACAAGGUGGGUAUUCGGUCAUCUUCUGAAGUGUUGUAAAUUGGCUAGUACAGUAACAAAUCAGGUAAACCCUUUUCCCCUUGUAUUUUCCCUUAGCUUUCGAGUAGCUCAAUUUUAUCAGGGUAAAUUGGAUUUUGCUUGGCUUGUGCCCCCUUAAAAUUACACCAGCAACAACCACCCUAGUGCACACGAUUAAUUUAGAAAACUUUUGGCUGGAAUUGUUAGACACUCUAACUUCACUUUUAUUUUAUUGUGCAUAUUCACAAUACACUAUCAUUAUAGUCAUGAUCAGUAUUUGUUUAUUGCUGGGUAGAUCACGUCAACCCACAAUUCCUUCAACACGAGAUGUUUUAAAACACUAACAUUUUGAUUCCAGAUUUCGGUUUUUGAAAACUUUGUUAGAUUUAAAGUGUCACAUGGAAAUGCAAUAAGAAAACUGUUUACAUGACAAAAUAUGUUUACUGUAUGUCCAGUUUUUUUCAUUUUGCGAGCAAAACCACAUACAGUACUUUUCCUUUCUCAUGCUCUUUUCAUACGAAUAGUGUGUUCGGUAAGCUGCCUUCUGAUCAAGUGUGAUGUACAAACCCGAUAUCACACAGAUACUGUACUUAGUACUUUGCAUGAUUUCCGCAAUUGUCUUUGCCAACACGCGAGAUACUGAAUUGAUUUUAUGUUAAGUGCUCUGCGCCCACGUGUGUCAAAAGGUGAAAAGCAAGUUAACUUUGUCCCGAUUGUCAGGAAGCCAUUACUAGCAUCGUUUCUCAGGCUAGAAAUGUGUUACAUUUAUGUAUACAUUCAUUUUCAUUCUAGGUAAAAGUUGAGAUGUUUCCUGGUCAAAUCUGCAUCACUCAAUUAUGGGAAGUGAAUACAUCUUGCCCAAUUUGUGAAUGGUCUUUUGGAUGCAUUUCAGAAUUCUAUGGCUUUUUAAAUGUCACGGUAUGUUUUCAAUAGUUUUGUAAUGCCUUCUUGUGAGCAAAGCACAGGUCCUUUUUCAAACAGCCAGCUGCAUUUUACGGCUGGGUGUGUAAUAAAAUGUUAUAAAUUAAAACAUUGGAAGGUUUGUCUUCCUAAUGAAACAACUGAAAACGUUAUCGUUCCUGCAUGAGCUAAGAAAGAAUGCUGCAAUGUUAGUGUGCCUCUCGGUUUUAGGUUUAAUGACUUGUUUUCAAGCGUCUACUCUGAACUUGAAUUACUCUGGCAUUGUACUGUACUUAAUUUGUAAUUUUACUGUACUGAUACUGCAUUACGACAGAUGACAUUUCACGUAUUAUGGUGCAUAGGUGAAACAAAAUGUGUUAUAUGAUGUAGAGUUAUGUUGUGUUUCCCCCACACUGUUUGUCACAUGGUACUGUAACUAUAUUGUAAAACGACAUAUAUUUUUUUACAUUUCUCAUUAGAACUGUUUGCCUUGUAUACUGUACCUAAAUAUACAUUGACUCAAGUGUUGAGCUGACAAAAAUGAUUGCCAUUUGAUCAUUGGAAAUCCAGAGAUUGUAGAAGCUUUUGGUUAUGAUAAGGUCUAAAAACACACACCCACAUCUUUUCUACAGAAUCAAUGAUUGUAAUAUUCUGCUUUUGCGUGUAUGCAGAGCUCGAACAAGCCAAACCGUUCAAAAACCUCCCACUGUGGAAAAAACAUUAGCUUGUGUGAUAAACAUAUAAAGCAAUUUUAGAGCCUUGGAAUCAUCACAGAUGUCACAGAUUCAAUCAAACCAUGGCCCAAAGCAGUAGCCGACUCAUGCAUUAUUUAUUUGUUUAUUCAUACUGU